AUGGAAUUUAACUAUUCAAAGAACUUAAAACCAGAACUAAUUGAAAUAGAAAAGAAAAUAAGAGAACAAAUUAAAGAAACCAAUAAUGAUAUCACAUAUGAGGUGUUAUGUCAAGAACUUGCUAAUUACUUUAAGAAUGAAACUUUUAUAAAAAAUGAAAUAGUUGAAAUAGCUGAUGAAUUUGAUCAAGAAAAUCUACAAACUGAUGCAAUUGAUGAAAGUGAACAAACCUCUCUAGUUGAUGAAUUAGACUAUCAAAUGGAUGAUAAUUCUGAUGAUGACAUACUUUAA